AUGACAUUCAUUCCACAAAAACACGUUGAAUUUCUAAGAAAUAAAGAAAAGGAAAAUGAAAAUGAUAUUGAGUCAAUAACAAGCUCGCACCUAAAAAUAUGUGGUAUUUAUUGGGGUAUCACAACACUUCAUUUAUUAAAUCAAGUUACUGAAGAAGAUAAAGAAAGAUUAUCACAAUUUUGUAUGAAAUGUUUUGAUGAAAAGACUGGUGGAUUUGGAGGAAAUAUUGGAUAUGACGGGCACAUAUACAAUACUCUUAGUGCAAUACAAGUAUUAUGUAUUUUAGGAAAACGUUCAUUAAUUCCAGUUGAACAAGUAGCUAAUUUCAUUAAAUCUUGUCAAAGGGAAGAUGGAAGCUUUGUUGCUGAUCAUUGGGGAGAAUCUGAUAAUAGAUUUGUGUAUUGUGCCGUAUUAGCAUUAACUCUCAUUGGUAAAUUGGAUGUCAUUAACACAGAAGCAGCAGUUAAUUACUUAAUGAAAUGUAUGAAUUUUGAUGGGGCAUUUGGAUGUAUCCCAGGGGCAGAGUCACAUGCUGGUCAAACAUUUACAGUUGUAGCAUGUUUAGCAUUAUUAAAUCGGUUAGAUGUAUUAGAUAAAGAGAAAUUAGCAUGGUGGUUAUGUGAAAGACAAACAGCAACUGGAGGACUUAAUGGAAGACCUGAGAAAUUACCUGAUGUAUGUUAUUCAUGGUGGGUAUUAACUUCAUUGAUUAUUCUUGGAAAAGUUGAUUGGAUUGAUAAAGAUGCACUUGAGAAGUUUAUUCUACAAGCACAAGAUAUGGAAGAUGGUGGGAUUGCUGAUAGACCAGGUGAUUGUGCUGAUAUUUAUCAUACAUAUUUUGGGAUUGCUGGAUUAAGUUUAAUGAGAAAGUAUACAGAUAUUAUUGGUGAAAUUGACCCACGAUUUGCUAUGCCAAAGGAUGUAUUAGAGUUUUAUCAUUUAAUUUAA